GUUAAUUAUAUUAUAAUGCUAUAAAAUUUUAAGAUUUAACAGCAAAUUAUUCUCAAUGACAUCAAGAUUCAAAUAGUGAUCCGGCCCAUUGAAAAUCCGAAUCACCUCCGUAGAACCUUCGGACCACUCCGAAAACCACCAUCAACUGCCGGUAUGCUCCGCCCUUCGCAUUUCCGAAUUUUCCCAACAAAUUUCUAUUAUAAUUUCACAGCACAGCCUGUUUUUGCCUGUUAAUCCAUCACUAUCAGUCUAUCACCGUCAAAACUCCCCCCGAAUCAACAAACUUUAGUCUUUUGUACCGAAAUCUUGCAUCAAUUUUCGGCUUUUCCGAUGAAAAAUAAACCACCUCCGUGUCACUUUUGAUUUGAAAUCAGAAAUGUUUGGGGCUGUACAGUUUGGAUUAUUGGCAGCCGGGAUUGUGUUGUUCGUACCUAUGGGUAUGGCGGGGUGGCAUUUAAGCCGGAAUAAGAUGCUUUUUUUCAGCUGUGCACUUUUCAUCACACUCGCUGUCGGUGUGCACUUAGCUCCGUUUUUCCCUUCAAUAUCUAGUUUCUUGUACAAGCCUUCAUCGAUUUCUGAUUCAUCUUUGCCGACUGGUACAACCUCUUCUUCCAUGAUCCGUGAUUCGUGCAUUUUUUCCCUACAUAGUGUUGUUAUGUAUAAAAGUAACUAUAGUGUAUGUGUGGAUGAUGCUAUCGAUAGUAAUAGUGAUAGUGGCUGUAAGAAGAUGUAUUGGAAAUGGACGCAGCCUGGGAGCGUUGCUGAAUGUGGGUUUCAAAAGUUAAAGAAACCAGAUGUCUCGGUGUUGUUAAAUGGGUCGUGGGUGGUUGUUGCAGGGGACUCUCAGGCAAGGUUAAUGGUGGCUUCUUUGUUAGAGUUGGUCAUGGGUCCGGAGGGGAUGAAGAAAAUCAGAGGGGAUCUGUUUAGGAGACAUAGCGAUUAUUCCAUAACUGUUGAUGAAAUUGGGAUGAAGUUGGACUUUACGUGGGCGCCUUAUGUGAGAAAUUUGACCAACUUGAUGUUGAAAUUCAGGGACAAUAAGGAUUAUCCAGAUAUCAUAUUGAUUGGAGCUGGGUUAUGGGAUAUGUUGCACUUGAACAAUGCAACAGAAUAUGGUAUAUCAUUGUCGGCAUUGAAGGAUUCAGUUUUGGCGCUUUUGCCGGUUUUCCGGAAUACGGAUGCCAUUGAGAGGGAGGCAAGUGAGUCGGCAUGGAUUAGGUCACCACAUUUGUUUUGGCUUGGGAUGCCAGCAUUGAUAAGCUCAAUGUUAAACACAGUCGAAAAGAGGGAGAAGAUGAAAGAUGUAAUGUGCAAUGCUUAUGAUGAUGAAGUUUCUAGAACUAAGCUUUUGUGGCAAUCUGGAGGACCACUUUUGAAACUGGAUAUUCGUUGGCUGACUGACCUAUGUGGGCCUCAGUGUACGGUGGAUGGGAUGCACUAUGAUGGAAUUGUUUAUGAUGCUGCCGUUCAAAUCAUGCUGAAUGCAUUGCUUCUUGAAUCAAAUCAGAAGGCACCGUGAUAUAAUUUUGGUUUGCACCAUUGUGGAAUGGAUAACAGUGGAGUAUCGAAAGGGUUCCCCAUGGACUCAAAUUUCUUUGCAUCCGCUCGAGGUUUCUUUAAUCUUGUGUUUCAGAUUCCUUCCAGGUGCUUCUCUUGACAGCAUCAGCCCAAUAGUAAAUUUUCUCAUUGUUGUUAUGUGGGGUUGGUUCCCUCUACUUUUUCAAUAUGCUCGAAAUUCAAUACUCACACAACUUGUAUUUGAUACAUAGAGAAACCACAAGUGUCUUCACAUCCAAUUUUGAUGUGAAGAAAUCAAGAAUCUUUAUUGAUAUCUUUAUAUACAUGCAUUUUAUU